CGCAAACACACUAUUUUGUCAAAUCCACACUGUGCUAGGAAUACGAAUUCGAAUGUAAUACAGUGUUGAGCUCCACUUCCAUAGAGUCGCUCGCUACUCGCUUCCUCUGGUCUCUGGUCGCUUCCGUUGUUGUGACGACUAGACGACUAUCUAAACGAGUCAGCUCCGAUAAAAAUAAUAAAAAAGGUGAGAACCACACCACGACCGACUGAGAAACAAGUUUUGUGGUACCUACUCGCUUUUCCCGUGGCUGUUAUUUUGACAUUUCCAGUUCCAGUUUGUCAUCAUCGCAUAAUAUUUUAGCAUAUUAGGUAACUCGUUAUUGUUGUGGUUACUGGUUAUGGCCAUCGCAGGCAAAGAAAGUGACAAUGGUGUGGUGGAAUUUCAGUUUUACCGGCACGAGAAUAGAACAAAGUGGCAGAAUUUCAAGAAUGCUCUCUACGACAAGUCAACGAACCAAAUACUGGGUAGAACCCCGAAGAAUUGGGGCCAACUGCUGCUCUUCUACGCCAUCUUCUACGCCGUGCUGGCCGCCCUGUUCGCCAUAUGCAUGCAGGGCCUGUUCGCCACGCUGGACGAACGUGAGCCGCGAUGGCAGAUGACACACGGCCUUAUUGGCGACAACCCCGGGCUGGGUUUCAGGCCCAUAUCGCCCAAGACGGAGGAGGGCUCGCUGGUCUGGUACAACAUCACCAAUGCCACCACGGUGGACAAGUGGGUGAAGCUGGCCGACACAUUUUUGGCUCCGUACAAAGCCAAUCAGACCGGUAAAAACUACGUGCCUUGUAAUUUUGAUAAGCCUCCACAGGAAGGGAAAGUUUGCAUGACCACUGUGGAAUCGCUCAAAAACUGUUCCCCAGAAAGGAAAUACGGUUACAACUCAUCAUCGCCAUGUAUAUUCCUCAAGUUGAAUAAGAUUUUUGGAUGGACCCCUGAAUUUUAUACUGAACCGGUAGAGGGCAUGCCUGAAGAUUUAGUGGCUCACUUGAAUAGUACAAAAUCGGAGGAAUCAAAGAAGCAAAUCUGGGUGACGUGUAAUGGAGUUGAUGACGUGGACAAAGAAAAUGUCAAAGGAUUCAACUACUAUCCCAGAGGAUUCGCUGGCUAUUAUUAUCCUUACAGGAACGUGGAAAAUUACCUGAGUCCUAUCAUCGCCGUGCAACUGCUCAACGUUACACCUGACGUCAUCGUUAGUAUAGAAUGCCGCGCAUGGGCGAAAAACAUCGUAUACAGAGGGGGCAGUCUGAACAGGGCCGGGUCCAUCACUUUCGAGGUGCAAGUGGAUAAGGCCUACAAUCCUCCAGAGCAACUUUACCAAUCCAAAUAUGAAAAUGGUACUAUCAACAUAGAGACUACUACUGUCACUAGUACUACUAGUAACAGUACAGCGUUGCCUGCUUAAUUUGUUUUUUUGACAGUGAAAGAGUGUACUUACAUAAGUAAUUUAUUUUUCAAGUUAUGAAAAUUUGGUUGUGCUAUCUAGUUGAGUAGUUGUCAGUAGGUUGAAUUUAUAUACAGUGUGGUGGCCCUUGAGUGUAC